AUUUGAUCGAUAGCUGAUUAACAGAUUUCAUAAUUUUUUUAGCAGGCAAAAGUGCAAAGAAUUUUUUAUUCACUUUGAAACGUAAAUAAUGUCGGCGUCGGAGCAAGAACCUAAGAUCAAGUACGGAGAAAACGCACCGAAAUUGGAUAGGGCGCAGCUGCAGUUCAUGAAACUGAUCGAGGAGCAGAACCUGGACCGCGUGAAGAAGCUGAAGCGUGUGCGCCGCAACAAUUUAUUGACUGCCGGCGCCUUGGGACUUUCCGUAUUGGCCAUCUACGGCUACUCCAUAUUCUCGGUGCAGCAGGAGAAAUUCCUGGACGACUUUGAGGAGCCCAAGAAGGUCAACACCAACUAAAAGUCGCCUCCAGUUAUUGUU